GAUGGCGGCGCGCUGGGAGCGUAACAUUUGCGUUUCUAGGAGCUUAGCACCGAGGUUGGCUUAAGACACUGGGUUUAGAGGCCCACUCCAGACUGGUCGUCAGGCGGGAACUUGGACCUCAGAGAUGGCUCUGAGUAAAUCAAUGCAUGCAAGAAAUAGAUACAAGGACAAACCUCCUGACUUUGCAUAUCUGGCAUCCAAAUAUCCAGAUUUUAAGCAGCAUAUUCAGAUAAAUCUGAAUGGAAGAGUGAGUCUUAAUUUUAAAGACCCUGAAGCAGUCAGAGCUCUGACUUGUACUCUCCUAAAGGAAGAUUUUGGACUUUCUAUUGAUAUUCCGUUGGAGAGACUAAUUCCCACAGUUCCCUUGAGGCUCAACUAUAUUCAUUGGGUGGAAGAUCUGAUUGGUCAUCAGGACUCUGACAAAAGUAUUCUCCGAAGAGGAAUUGACAUAGGUACUGGGGCAUCCUGCAUCUAUCCUUUACUUGGAAGUACCUUAAAUGGCUGGUAUUUCCUUGCAACAGAAGUAGAUGAUAUGUGCUUCAACUAUGCAAAGAAAAAUGUGGAACAGAAUAACUUAUCUGAUCUUAUAAAAGUGGUAAAAGUACCACAGAAGACGCUCCUGAUGGAUGCUCUUAAAGAAGAAUCUGAGAUAAUCUAUGACUUUUGCAUGUGCAAUCCUCCCUUUUUUGCCAAUCAAUUGGAAGCCAAGGGAGUAAAUUCUCGAAAUCCUCGAAGACCUCCACCUAGUUCUGUAAACACAGGAGGUAUCACAGAGAUCAUGGCAGAAGGAGGUGAAUUAGAGUUUGUUAAAAGAAUUAUCCAUGACAGUUUACAACUUAAAAAAAGAUUAAGGUGGUACAGCUGUAUGCUGGGAAAGAAAUGCAGCCUUGCUCCUCUGAAGGAAGAACUUCGCAUCCAAGGGGUUCCUAAAGUCACCUACACUGAAUUCUGUCAAGGUCGAACAAUGAGAUGGGCCUUAGCUUGGAGCUUUUAUGAUGAUGUAACAGUACCAUCACCACCAAGUAAGCGAAGAAAAUUAGAGAAGCCAAGGAAACCCAUUACAUUUGUGGUGCUGGAGUCUGUGAUGAAAGAAUUAUCCCUCAAAGCAUCGCCUCUGGGCUCUGAGACAGUGGAAGGCAUAGUAGUUGUGACGACAUGGAUUGAAAAAAUUCUCACCGAUCUGAAGGUUGAGCAUAAACGAGUUCCCUGUGGAAAAGGGGAAGUUAGCCUUUUCCUAACAGCCGUAGAAAACUCCUGGAUUCAUUUAAGGAGAAAGAAAAGAGAACGAGUGAGACAGUUGAGAGAAGUUCCCCGUGCUCCUGAGGACGUCAUCCAAGCCUUGGAAGAGAAAAGGUUCACUCCCAAAGAGCCUGGCCCAGACCUGGCCCCAGGCCCCCAGGAAAGUGCCCUGUGCGGGCCUGCUCUGUGGGAAGGCGAGUCUGGUACUGUUGAGGGCUUUGGCCCAAACCAGGACUCGCUUUCCCAGGAAGAAAACCCAGAACCUAUGGAAGAUGAAAGGAGUGAGGAAAAGGGAGAGAUGGAGGUUUUGGAAAGUUGUAAAGGCUCUAGCAAUGGAGCCGAGGACCGAGAGGCUUCUGAGCAGUUCAGCCCUCCAGUGUCUGAAAAAGGGAACCAUCUCCAAGGAGUGGCCGGACAUUACCUAUUCAAGUGUCUGAUAAACGUUAAGAAGGAGGUAGAUGACGCCUUGGUUGAAAUGCAUUGGGUCGAGGGCCAGAACAGGGAUUUGAUGAACCAGCUUUGUACCUAUAUACGUAACCAAAUUUUCAGGCUUGUUGCCAGUUAACUCCAGACUUCUUGCACGGUUGGGAAGUUCUGUAAAGCAGCUUGCUGUGGAGUGGCAAGAGGAAUUCUGCCAUUGGUAGUGUUAUUAGAAAUUAUCUUUAAAAAUCAAAACAAAUUAAUCCAUUUUUAAACCUCCCCCCCCCUUUUUUUUUUAAAGUCACAGGGCAUUGUAGUAUGGUAGUUCAAGAGGAAGAAUUGUGGGUAUCAGCAUCAGCAGAAAGCCAUCAGAAAACUCAUAAGGGAUUUAAACCUGACUUAAAGUGAUCACCUUAGCUUUAGACUGCUUCUCUGAGGCCAAAAGGAUUAUUUUUGGAAUCUGGUUUGGGCCAGAACUAUACACAGCCUCGUGCUUUCUCUGUCACUCACGGUUGCUUCUGGAGGAGAGGUAGUUUUCUCAUUUCCCCACAUGGAGGUAGUUGGGCCCUGUACCCUCUUCUACGGUUGCCUUGAAGACCGAAGACUCUCUCUGGGUACAUAAGCUUGAUUACUCCUCUGUCAGUCCUGAGGAAAGAACUGGCCUGAUGGGAGGUGGUGGGAAUGUCGGAGAGAGAUAACUAGCAGUGCCAGAAGAAGGGCUGGUCUGGGGAGUGCCUGGAACCUUCACAUUCCCAACUCAUGGCUGUUUUGAUGUUGCUCAUUUCAGAAACAGAAUUAGGUAAGCAAAACUCCCAGAUGUAACUGAGAGACACAACAGAAGGAAGCCAUACCCCUACCUCCAACCUGUUGAAAGUACUGUUUUGUAGCAGUUUUACUAGUGUGUUACAUGUGAAGUGGAACUUUUGUUUUUAAUAUAAGAGUAUUCAGAAUUGAAAACUGUUGAUCGUAUUUGAACCCCCCUGUGAUUGGGGAAAAUAUUUUCUUGGCUUUGAAUGGGUAAAUGAUUAUAGAAAUAGGAAAUGCAGUGAGAUAGUUAUAUGUAGUAGGUUGCUUAAGAAAUUCUCAUUACUGGCAUAUAAGUUGUAGCUGAUCAAAUACUUCUUUUUGUGGGUUCCUUUGUUAUCCCCUCUGUGCUUACCUGUUAGCAUAGGAGAGCUCUGAGGCCAGGGUAAUCGUGUUCUUAAAACAUGUUUCUAAUUUGAGUGUCAGGGCUCUGCAGAAUGCCUCUGGAAAAGGAGUCUCUCUCUCUUUUUUGUUGUUGUUUUCAUGGUAUUUCGGUUACCCUCUGCUGUGCUUGACUUUCACAGCCUGAUUUUAUACCAGCAGCUUAGGGUUCUUUCUAGACUGAAAUUUUUGAGGAUGGUGCCAGAACUCCUUGUUAUCUGCAAGGAAGACGGGCUGAGUAACUAAGCCAUACUUGUGAAAGGUGGCUAUUGGUUAGGGCAGAGUACUGAUGACCUUGGCAUAUUUUGGCAGCAGCAAGACCAGGCCCUCAGCAAAGAAACAGGAAACGAAAAUAGGACCAUAUUAUACCUCCCUGUGGCAGUGGAGACAGAGCUGCCGAAGAUAACAUAUUAACCAAUCAGUGUUCUUAACUUGGUCUGCGACCCUCUAGAGAAUCCAUAAACCUCCUGGAUGGUUUCCAAAAGCUCUGUGAGCGCGCGCGCGCGCGCGCCUGAAGAGAAAGGUUCCUGACUUAGAGAAAGGGGUCAGUAACCCACUGAGGUUAGGAACUACUGUUCUAGUCCAUCCUCUCAUCUGACAGGAUGAGGAAACCAAUGUAUAGGGUCGCACUGAGCCAAUCCAUGGCUGUGGCAUCCUCCUGUCUGGGUCCUCCUCCUGCUGUACCCACCCACCUUGUCCUGCCCUACUUACCUCAGAUGACACAUUGGAGUCAUAUGCCAGACCCAAACCUAAGUUUCUAUCUUGAUAGAACUUUAGGAUAAUUGAGUUAGGUGGCAACUAUUCAUUUAAUUAAUAGUAAGUAUUGUUUGCUUCAUUAAAAAAGAGUAGCAGGUGCACAUUAAAAUUUUGAAAAGUGGAGGUAGAAAAUGGCAACAAAGUCUCAACCUUCUCCAACACAACCACUACUGGUAUUUUAGUAUUUCCUUCUUUAGAUGGGGUAUGUGAUUGUGUGGGUUUCCCUUUGGUCUACUCAUGCUGUGCUAUGCUUUCUUUGCUUUCAUGAUAUGUUUUCUUUAUUUUUAUUAUUUCAGUUUUAUAUUCUGCUUUUUUCAUUUAACAUCUUAUAAGUAUUUUUCCACAUGAUAACAGUAGUGUGUUUAUUUACACUCCUUGCCUGUUCAAAAUGCAUUUCAGGCACAAUAUUAGCCUUUGUUUAAGUCUAGUAGGUACUUAAGAGAGAUUCCCAGAGAAAAUGCUGUGUAACUGGAGGCACAGUUACUGUGUAACUGUGUCUCUGUGUGUUUCAGUGCCCCAGGUUUAAGGCUUGGUGUCAUGGAAGAGGUUUUAAUAGGUUUUAAGUUAAUGUCCUUAGAGUUUGAAAAGUAUGUGACGGGGUAGCUUCCACUACUAGAGCUGUGAGUGCCUUCUUUGCAUUUGGAUGUCUUCAUUUCCUUUUCUGAGAAGAACAGUUUAUUUCUAUCUCAUGAGAGAACAUUGAAAACAUUUUUAAAAGACAUCCAAAAAUUCUUGUAGUUAUGCAUAUACUUUAUAAUUAUGUGAUACUUGAUAGCAUAUAUAAACCUCUGGCAUAGGGGGAAAAGGAUUUUUUUUUCUUUUUAAAGAAAUAGGUUAUUGACCAUGUAUCAUAAGGUUGAAGGAUACUUGCCUUAAAUGUCUGGAGGUCAAGUUCAUGUUGAUGGAUUGGUAUGGAAUUAAAUAUUUGUGGUAUUAUCUUAAAUCCUAUCCUGGUCCCUGGCACUGGCUUCUGAUCUCCUGAUAACUAAAGUGGGAACAGAAGCUGCACUUGUUUUCCAAGGAGGACUAAAGCUGCUUUUGUUCUUUGGAAUCUGCUGUGCUUCCAACAGUUUGGUUCCCUUAUCCGCAUCCUCUCCUGACUACUUACUCACUUACCAAAGCACUGCCGCACAUCCUAGCAGGGUUGGCGUCUCCGCGGUAGUUUCAGCUAAUCUUAGGGGUUCAUAUUGAGUACUUAAAACUUUAGUAUAUAUUAUGUAAGACAUGAAACCUCUCCUCUAGAUAGAAAUCAAUGCAUACCAUGUGAGCACACCAACUUCCAAGCCCUGACAGGUAAUAAAACUGCAAGGUGUGGAAAACCGAGGCCUCUUAAAAGAAGGGAGUAGCCCCUCCAUCUUACUUAAACCACAGCAUUUUCCUCUGCAGCCACACGGGGGCACUUGCGGCCCUUUUAUCAAGCGCCUUAACUGCACUGUGGGAAUGGAUAAAAUUGUGUCCUUGGUAUUUUCUUGAAAUAUCCGGUUGCUACCCAGAUAAAUAUUUUUAUGUAAAUAAGUACAUUUUCACAUAAAUAAAAUCUGAAAAAUAAAAGUAUAAAGAAUUAAAAAUCUAUCCCAUGGUCUUUUUAUCUGGGCAUAAUCUUUCAACCUAUUUAUGUUUCUUUAUGGUCCCAGUUGACUAUUUUUUUCUUUUCUUUCCAUCUGUCCUGCUACUCUAGAAUAUAUCCAGGUUGGGUCAGUCCUUUGGGUCAACUUUUUAUUGGUAUCUAGUUAAAUGGGGUACUAGAUGGGGAUGUUUAGUAAUCUUAAACAGUAACUUUUCAAAAGCCUUGGAUGUCUUCAUUAUAUUACUCUAUGUUCCAGGAAGAGUAAUAUAGAGAGCUCUAAGAAAGAAACUGUUUUCAAUGUUCUGUUGUCUUUUAAUUCUUGUUUUGGUUUAUCUGGCUGGCUGACUAGCAUGCAUGUAAUAUGUUGUUUACAUCAAAAAUUGGCACAGUUGGUUCUGUCUUGUGUGUAUUAUAUACACAGUUAGCUGGGCCUUCUGUCCCACAAGGGGUGUUUCUGUGUAGAGCGUGUAUUUUGCUGACCUGGGGGUCUGUGUGACUCAAGGAGAAGUUUCAUCUUCCUUUAAUUUUAUGGCACAGAAUCCGAUGGUACAGGUGGCCGGCCACCCAACAGAUUUGCACAUUAGGAGGAGGAAGGUCCAGUUUGGAAAGCUAAGGAGCCCUCUGGGAGUAGGAAAGCCUCAAAGGUACAGCAGCUCUACAGCCAUCACGAGGCACCCCUGGGAAAAGGACCGACCAUAUUUUUUAGGGAAGUUGGUGCUUGGGAGCUUUGGUUUGCUAAAUGAGCAGUAGUAACCCCAGUAAAACUUGAAAGAGGCCUACUAGUGGAAUGAAUUGGCUGCGGUCCUGGAGCAGGGCAUUGAUGGUCUCAAACGUUUCUAAUGCUCCCAAGUACAAACCUCUUGGUGCUUGUGCCAACACAGUAUUAGAAAGCCCUACAUGGGGCUCCCCUACUAGCAGCAGGGCCUCUCACACAUGUCAGAGUUCCGACUCUGCUCUGUAAAGACACUCAAGUCCUCUGCUGUGACUCACCCAAAUGACUAAAACAGCAGUUUAUAUUUUAAUUGCUGGUUGGAACAGCUAAUGCUGCCUUUGGAGGCUGUGCUUUUACUCCGGGGGGGGGGGCUGUGUUGUGACUGAGGGAAGGCCUUGUACUGCCGAAUGCCCUUUGAGGUGUAGUCUGUCUGCCUGUGUCAGCUCAAGCAGAAACAUCAGGGACUCUGGGCUCUCCUCAGGAAAGUGGAGGAUCACUAUUAUGAGCCAGGGAACUGAGAUAAGAAGGAAUGGACCAGAAAGUGCCGGUGAACUUGGCAGAAUGGGCUUGUGUAUGAUGUUCUUAAGAGGACAAAGGAUGUUUAAAUCCCAGAUGCUUUUCCAGCCACCCUAGAGGAAUGAGAAACAGAAGAGAGCACAGACUUCACAGUCCAUCAGCCCUGGGUUUACCUUCCAGUUCCACUUACUGGGUCAGCCAAUUUCGCUAAGCCUUUCCCUCAGAAAAGAUGAGGAAUUCUUGCUUCACUGAGUUGCAGCAGCAGUUAAGCGAGAGAAGUACUAAAACAGCUGGAAGAGUACAUACACAAAGAGUAUGCUUCUCAACUUGUUCAUCUCUUCUUAUUCUUUGAGUUAGUGACUUCAGUUAGAAAACCUUCUACCAAUAAACUCCAGUGAAAAGGCCGAGACCUCGAGUUUAUAAUAGCAGGUGCAAACUGCCACUUUUUGACCAAGAGCUAAACCCAAGCUUCCAUGGACUGGAGAGACGAACAGGGAACCAGUAUUGAUUGGCUGUCUUCUAUAUAAAUUGUCUCAUUUAUUAACCCUGCAAAGUGGUGUGGUGUCCCUGUGUGAUAGAUUAAGGAAAUGGAAGCUCAGAGAACUUUAGUGACUUGCCCUAAGGUUAUUCACAAAAGUAAGUCACAGAAACGGGAUUUGAACUCAGGCCCAGAGACCCAAGACAGGGAGGGAUCUUGUACCAAUCUUCAAGUUUUGGAACAAGUGCUACAGUUAGGAUGGAAAUAGACUUCCAGGCUUGUUUGAUCUAACUCUGGAAAAGGAGACUUAAGUUAUGUGACACAAGGAAGAGAGAAAAGACAUUUCUUACCCAGCUUCGCAAUUUAGCACUUUAAGGUAAUAUUAUGUUCCAGCCUAUGAUCGAUGAGCAAGAUUUAAUAGGUGAGAUUGCUUAUAAUUACUUCUUAAUUUAUGCUACCAAAUCAUCAUAGAAUUUUGUAUUUGGUAGGGUGAAUGAACUCAAAAUCUGGAGAAAAGAAAAGGCUGCCUGCCAUCUGGUAGACCCAUUCAGGGAGUGUGGCCCGAGAGUCUAGAAACCAGAGCCAGGAAAUUCCCAGCUGGGGGACUUGGCUGGCUCUAGCAGCUCGUCAGCCCCUAGGGAAAUGAAUUGCUGCUGCUGCUGCCCAGAAGGCAAGCCAGAGAUCAGUGCUAGGCCCGGGACAGUGGGCCUUGGCAGGGCCUGUUCCCACAGGUUGGCUAGGGAAGGGACAUUCCCAGUCUGGUCCGAUAGGAUCCUCAGUUCAGAUGUGUUUGUCCCAGGAUUCCUGCCUUCAGGGCCCAAGGUGGGUAUUAUGGACCAAACUUGUAUUUUAGUGACCUCUAGAUGAGCACUAAUAAGGACUUUUUUAUUCACAAGGGGAAGUGCAGGACUUCCUCCUCUCCUACCCCAGGGGCCAGGCAAGAAGGGAUGGGGCUCCUACUGGGACUAAAAGGAAGUAGCUUUGAGUCAAUUCCUGCUGGUUAUCGCCCUGCAAACAUAGGUGCCCAGUGUUGUUGGGUCUUUUGGUUUUGUUUUUGUUUUUGUUUUUUUUGUUUUUUGAGGGAAGCCAGAAAUCCAGAUUUAUGAGAAAAUCACGUAAUUAUUAAUCCUGACAACUAAUUCAGUAUUUUAUAAACACCUGGUAGGCCAUAACUUUGUGAUCUCUUCUGCUGGGUGGUAGAACUUACUAUUUGCUUCCUCCACUUUCCUAACUCUUGUUUACUUCAGCCACUGAAGUGUAGUUGCUGCCCACACUCGUUUUUUAGACUUCUUCUCAUCUCUUAAAGGGAGAAUCCCAAAGAUUCUGUCCAUGGGGCGUAUUUGCCCUUUUCUUCCACUUAUGGCUGCCCUCAUCCACUCCCAUGACUUCAAACUACUGCUCACCUCUACACUCAUCAUGCCCAAAUCUAGACCUUCCUGAACUUCCCUCAUGCGGGUACCUAACCACCUAUUGGACAUCUCUCCCGGGACCACGGCUGUGUCAGACUCGGCUUACUGUCUACACCUGCUUCUCUCUUAUAUUUUUUUAUCACCAUCCAGCUGUCCAGAUUAGAAAUCUAUGCUCCUUCAUCUCCUUCACCACCAGGGACUAAAAUCUUCCACCUUAGAAACAUCUCCCAGAUCCAGCGCCGCCUCUCCAUGCUUACUUAGUGCUGUUCUUCAUCUCUCACCUGGCUUGGAAGGGUAGCUGGAACCAUUUCUGGGGAACUGCAGAGCUAAGCAUCACAAAGAGCAGAUUUAGAUAGAUUUUUCGGGGAAGCAUGAAAUCUGACUUCGGGGGUGAAAUGGGAGAGCUUUCAAAAGAAAGACUAGGAUGGGAAGUAGACCUACAGCAACAGGUCAAGUUAGUUGAGAUUGAGAAAUACGAGGCCCUUCCUGAUAAAGCACGGGAGAACUGUUUUUCCCCUUUAAUAUAAUUUCAUUUUACAAAAGUAAUGCAUUUUCAUGAUAAGAAAUUUUGAAAAUAAUGAAUAAAAAUUUACAAUCCCACUACUCAAAUGGAGUUAUUUUACAUUUUAUCUCUCAUUUUUAUAUGCUUAUAUAUUUUUAAACAGCAAAUGGGGAUUGUACUGUAUAUUAGGUUUUAUAACCUUCUCUCCACUUAGCAACAUAUUAUAAUAACCUUUGUCUGAUUAUCACAUAAAUUUUGUGUUGGAAAACUUGUGAAAAUAAAAAUGACUGGCAAUCACACUGCCCAAAGCCAACCACUGUUAAUAUUUUCGUUUAUUAACAACCCUGUUUUCUUCACGUGCCGUAUUGUGAGUGUCACUUCACUAAACUUGUUGGAAAUUUAGGUCCCCUGGUUUUCACUAUUGUAAAUAAUGCUUUAGUGACUAUCUUUAUAAAAAUAUUUAUGUUUUCUUAUUGCAUUAGCAUAAAUUUAUAUAAGAAUCACUGAAGCAAAGGAUAGGAUUCUUUUAAAGGUUCUAUAAAGAACCUUUUUUUUUUUUUAGCUGAGCUAUCCUGCCACCCGUUGGCAGCUUAGCUCGGGCCGGGAAUUGAACCAGCGACCCUGUUGCUCAGAGCUCGCACUCUUGAGCAAGCUCUUAACUGAGCCACUCAGCCGGCCCUAUAAAGAACCUUUUAUGCAGUUUGCUCACUAAAAAGGUUGUGCCUCGCUUACAUUUCCACAGGCGCCUGUUUUCACCACACCUGUGAGAGCACUAGAAGACUAAUUUUUAGAAACCCUUUAUUAACUGAUAGGCAAGAAUAUUUUCAUUGUUUUAAUUUUAUUAUGGUAGUGGCAAAGUCAAACAUUUUCUUAUAACUUCCACAUAUUUGUGUUGUUUAUAUUAUUUUGUAUAUUGUUUUAUAAAUUGUAAACUGUGUUCUGUAUUCACUUUUCUAUCUAAGUUUUCUUUUUUUAUUGAAUUGCAAGGGCACUUCUUGCCAGUAUUUUGUUCCAUUCUGUCACUUACCUUUUCCUUUUAUUUAUGGUGAUUUUGUUUUGUUUUCACAGUUAAGGAGCUUUUAGAGGGUUUAUAUAAUCAAAUCUAUCAUGCUGUUCCUUUAUAUUUUCUUUGCUUGCCUUUAUGGGAAGAAACCUCCUCCACCAUCCUUGGAACAGAAAAAUGUUUGCCUAUAUUUUAUUAUGGCUCUUUUUAGCAUUAUGUUUUACAUUUAACACUUGAAUUUAUGUUGGUAUAUAUGGUGUGAGGUUUAAGGACCUAACUGUAUUUAAUGAAUGGUUCAGCGUUAGCAGAGUAACUCAUCACAGAGAUGACUGGUAAGCUCUAGCACUGCCAUCUGAGGUAUCUGUAAUGGGAACAGGGAUUUGAGCUGCCUGGCGGCUGGAGGGUAGGCGUAUGUUCUAUCCCAGACCCCAUCCUGGAAGUGGGAAGAGAGACACAGGCUGGUAUGUGGCCCUGGAGUGUCCCCAGCACUGCUCAGUAUAGACUCUCCCAGUUGUCCCUGGGGCCUUGGUAAGAAAUCUGAUUGCGGGCAUGGAGCUGAGCCAUGGAUCUUGGCAGUCUAGCCAGUGACAGGCCACUGCUCCGGGCUUUACAUAGUCUUCUGUUAUAGCGAAGGUAGCUGAUCUCUUAGGUUUUAAAGCUGACCCUGCAGCUUUGCUUUUAGGUAUGAGCUUGGAUUGCUGGGACAGUAGACCUUAGUCCUUUCUGUAGGGCACUGAUUUCAGUCCAGCUUCUGUGCCCUGGGAGGGGCCUUCCCAAUCAUCAACCUUCCCCCACCCUCACUGAUCCAGCUGGCUCUUGACUCACAUUACAAGACUUCACCUCUCUACUAACUGCCCAGUCUCACUCCCAUGACCUGAAUUAAUUUACUCUAAAGCCACCUCUUUUUGUUUUUCAGAGGAGUAACUGAAGUCUUCAUCCUUUCCCUUGUGCCUUUCCACUUUGAUCGGCUUCGUCCUUCCUACUGUGUUUCCCUGAAAAUAAGACCGGGUCUUAUAUUAAUUUUUGCUCCAACAAUCUAUAUUCAUGUACAA